GAUAAAAAGCGCUAGGAGCGUUCUAGGCUCCUCCGCGGCUCACAUCUGGCUGGGGUUUGCUCUUUGUAUUUGCCCCGCUUUCUUCCUCUCUUCCUUUACUUUUGAGAGAAACUACAUUUCCGUUUCUAGCCAAAGAGACCUUGGAGGCAGCUAAGGAGAUAAAGGUGUUGUGUCGCGGCCGCCUGCACCUCCCCCUCUUCCUCCCCCUUAAGUUUCCCCCUGGGGGACUCUUUCCUCCCUCUGGCUCUCUCUCUCUCCCUGACUUGACACGUCUGUGCUUCCCUCUGACCUGGCCUAGAAAAGGCUCAGGUCCUGUGAGAUGCUCUAAGAGACAGCACCCUGAGAGCCCUGAGAGGCAGGAGGACUCAGUUGUCACAGCCGGCUCAGCUGAGAGGAGGAAGAUGGGCUCCUCUGUACGGGGCUUCAUGCUGGGAUGCUGCCUGCUGCUGGCCAUCGCCUGGGGCCCAGUCCAGAGCCUUGUGCCACGUCUUCAGGAGGAACAGCUGGAGUGGGGAGAGACGGAAGAGGUGCCACCUCCUCAGGACCGUAUGAAGGGGGAUAAAGAAACACAGGAGACCUACAGCCCUAGCCAGUGCUACCGAUGCUGUGACCCCAACACCCCUGUAUACCAGGCGAUCCCACCACCCCAGAUCAACAUCACCAUCCUGAAAGGUGACAAAGGUGACCGAGGUGACCGAGGCCUCCAGGGGAAAGUCGGCAAAGCGGGUGCCACAGGGCCCAGGGGCCAUAUUGGCCCCAAAGGUCAGAAGGGGUCCAUAGGGUCUCCCGGGGACCCCUGCAAAAACCACUACGCAGCCUUCUCCGUGGGCCGAAAGAAAGAUUUGCACAGCAAUGACUACUUCCAGCCCGUGCUCUUUGACACAGAGUUUGUGAACCUCUACAAACACUUCAACAUGUUCACCGGCAAGUUCUACUGCUACGUGCCGGGCAUCUACUUCUUCAGCCUCAAUGUGCACACUUGGAACCAGAAGGAGACGUACCUGCACAUCAUGAAGAACGAGGAGGAGAUGGUGAUCCUGUAUGCACAGGUGAGCGACAGGAGCAUCAUGCAGAGUCAGAGCCUGAUGCUGGACCUGCGGGAGAAGGAUGAGGUGUGGGUGCGCCUCUUCAAGGGCGAGCGUGAGAACGCCAUUUUCAGCGACGAGUUCGACACCUACAUCACCUUCAGUGGCUACCUGGUCAAGCCGGCCUCGGAGCCCUAGAGGCCACC